CAAGAGCAGUCCGGAGCAGCCGUCCUGGGCACCGCUCCCAGGUCCCCGGCCGCAGCCUGGAGCAGUCACCGACGCCCGCAGCAUGGCCCGCCACGCCGAUCGGGUAAUAUCCUUGUUCACUUUUGCUGUUGGUGUCAAUAUCUGCUGUGGAUUCACGGCAAGUCGAAUUAAGAGGGCAGAAGGAUGGGAUGAAGGCCCUCUGACAGUGCUAUCGGACUCCCCUUGGACCAACACCUCUGGAUCUUGCAAGGGAAGAUGUUUUGAACUUCAAGAGGUUGGACCUCCUGAUUGUCGGUGUGACAACUUGUGUAAGAGUUACAGCAGUUGCUGUCAUGAUUUUGAUGAGCUCUGUUUGAAGACAGCUCGAGGCUGGGAGUGUACUAAGGACAGAUGUGGAGAAGUACGGAAUGAGGAAAAUGCGUGUCACUGCUCCGAGGACUGCUUGCUUAGGGGAGACUGCUGUACUAAUUACCAAGUCGUUUGCAAAGGAGAAUCACAUUGGGUAGAUGAUGACUGUGAAGAAAUAAAGGCCCCAGAGUGUCCUGCAGGGUUUGUUCGUCCUCCAUUAAUCAUUUUCUCUGUGGAUGGCUUCCGGGCAUCCUACAUGAAGAAAGGGAGCAAGGUCAUGCCUAACAUUGAAAAACUAAGGUCCUGUGGGACACAUUCUCCCUACAUGAGGCCUGUGUACCCAACAAAAACCUUUCCUAACUUAUACACUUUGGCCACCGGUCUGUAUCCAGAAUCUCAUGGAAUUGUUGGCAAUUCAAUGUAUGAUCCUGURUUUGAUGCCACCUUCCAUCUUCGAGGGCGAGAGAAAUUUAAUCAUAGAUGGUGGGGAGGUCAACCACUAUGGAUUACAGCCACCAAGCAAGGGGUGAAAGCUGGAACAUUCUUUUGGUCUGUGGCCAUCCCCCAUGAGCGGAGAAUAUUGACCAUCCUGCAGUGGCUCACCCUGCCAGAUGAYGAGAGGCCUUCCGUCUAUGCCUUCUACUCUGAACAACCUGAUUUCUCUGGACACAAAUACGGCCCUUUUGGCCCUGAGAUGACGAAUCCUCUGAGGGAAAUUGACAAAACUGUGGGACAGUUAAUGGAUGGACUGAAACAGCUCAAGCUGCAUCGGUGUGUGAAUGUCAUCUUUGUUGGAGAUCACGGUAUGGAAGAUGUUACAUGUGAUAGAACUGAGUUCCUGAGUAAUUACCUGACCAAUGUGGAUGAUAUUACUUUAGUGCCUGGAACUCUAGGAAGAAUUCGAUCCAAAUUUAGCAACAAUGCUAAAUAUGACCCCAAAGUCAUUAUUGCUAACCUCACGUGUAAAAAACCAGAUCAGCACUUUAAGCCUUAUAUGAAACAGCACCUUCCCAAACGCUUGCAUUAUGCCAACAACCGAAGAAUUGAGGAUAUCCAUCUCUUGGUGGACCGCAGGUGGCACGUUGCAAGGAAACCUCUGGAUGUUUAUAAGAAACCAUCAGGAAAAUGUUUUUUCCAGGGGGACCAUGGAUUUGAUAACAAAGUCAACAGCAUGCAGACUGUUUUUGUAGGUUACGGCCCAACGUUUAAGUACAAGACUAAAGUGCCUCCAUUUGAAAACAUUGAACUUUACAAUGUCAUGUGUGAUCUCCUGGGAUUGAAGCCAGCUCCUAACAAUGGAACCCAUGGGAGUUUGAAUCACCUCCUGCGUGUUAAUACCUUCAGGCCAACCAUGCCAGAGGAAGUUACCCGACCAAAUUAUCCAGGGAUUAUGUACCUUCAGUCUGAUUUUGACCUGGGCUGCACCUGUGAUGAUAAGGUAGAGCCAAAGAACAAGCUGGAUGAACUCAAUAAACGCCUUCAUACAAAAGGGUCCACAGAAGCUAACAUCUUGAUGGACUUACUAUGCAAUGAAAACUCAUUUCCUUGUGACAUUGAAUCAAUGGAUGAAUGCAUGAAUAAAAUGGAAAAUUUAAAAACUCUCAUAGCAGGCGAUUCUAGCACUGAAGCUGGCUAUAAUUUUUGUGCUGAAACCAGGAAAUUCAGAGGCAGCAAAAAUGAAAACAAGGAAAUCAUUAAUGGAAAUUUUGAACCUAGAAAAGAGAGACAUCUCCUCUAUGGGCGACCUGCCGUGCUUUAUCGAACUAGAUAUAAUAUCUUAUAUCACACUGACUUUGAAAGCGGUUAUAGUGAAAUAUUCCUAAUGCCACUCUGGACAUCAUACACUGUUUCCAAACAGGCUGAGGUUUCUGGCAUCCCUGAGCAUCUGACCAAUUGUGUCCGCCCUGACGUCCGUGUUUCUCCAGGCUUCAGUCAGAAUUGUUUGGCCUAYAAGAAUGAUAAGCAGAUGUCCUACGGAUUCCUCUUUCCUCCCUAUCUGAGUUCUUCGCCAGAGGCUAAAUAUGAUGCAUUCCUUGUAACCAAUAUGGUCCCAAUGUAUCCUGCUUUCAAAAGGGUCUGGAAUUAUUUCCAAAGGGUAUUGGUGAAGAAAUAUGCCUCAGAAAGAAAUGGAGUAAAUGURAUAAGUGGACCAAUAUUUGACUAUGACUUUGAUGGUUUACAUGACACAGAAGACAAAAUCAAACAGUAUGUGGAAGGCAGUUCCAUUCCUGUUCCAACUCACUACUACAGUAUCAUCACCAGCUGCCUGGAUUUCACUCAGCCAGCCGACAAGUGUGAUGGCCCGCUCUCUGUAUCCUCAUUCAUCCUUCCUCAUAGACCAGACAAUGAUGAGAGUUGUAAUAGCUCAGAGGAUGAGUCAAAAUGGGUAGAAGAACUCAUAAAGAUGCACACAGCUCGAGUGCGGGACAUUGAACAUCUCACCAGUUUGGAUUUCUUCCGAAAGACCAGCCGCAGCUACCCUGAAAUUCUGACACUUAAGACAUACCUGCAUACAUAUGAGAGCGAGAUUUAACUUUCUGAUCAUCUGCAGUACAGCCUUAUCAACUGGUGUAUAUUUUUAUAUUGUGUUUAUAUUUAUUAAUUUGAAACCAGGACAUUUAAAAAACUUAGUAUUUUAAUCCUGUACCAAAUCUGACAUGUUAAGUGUGAAUGACUCCACUGUUUUUCUCUAAUGCUUGAUUUAGGUAGUCUUGUGUUCCGAGUAGACCUUGUAAUAAAUACUGCAGCUUGAGUUUUUAGUGGAAGCUUCUAAAUGGUGCUGCAGAUUUGAUAUUUGCAUUGAGGAAAUAUUAAUUUUCCGAUGCAUAGUUGCCACAUUUAGUCCUGUACUGUAUCAAAAUUCUGAUUUUGUAAAGUUACAUUCAUUUGCUGUUAACUAUGACAGACAUAUUUAAACCUUAUAGACCAAUC